CACACACACAACUCCUAUUUAAAAUAUUUGAGCACGUUUUAUUAAUUUCUAUUGCUUUAAUCUAGUCUCUGAGAAAAUAUGUCCAUUCUCAACAACCAUUGUGGGAUUAUAGAACUUGAACAUACCGAUAAACACACUGUGAGAAAUCUCACUUGAUACAGAGAAAAUGGAUGCUCUCUCUUUCUCUCUCUCUCUCUCAGCAGGAGAUUAGAGUCCAGCAGCAACAGAUACUCCACAUUAUUUUAUGAUCAGAAACAACACUGGACAAUUCUGCUGCCAUGUUUUCAUUAUAUGUUGUGAUGAUUAUUGUAUUUCUGCAGCUUUAAGAUGCCAAAGAUGAUUUAAUUAUGCUUUGGUUUAAGGAAGUUAAACUAAGUGUCAAAACACUGUGUGGGAAGUGUCAAGAUAUUUGUGGUAGUACUUAUUCUUUAGCUAUGAUGUUUCUCAGAUGAAGAUAAAAAAAAUGACCAUGACCUCACAGAACAGGAAACUAGCGCUGCUGAUCGGACAUUUUGGUGAUAUGAAAAGAACUUGUUAGUGUCAGAGCUGGACGUUACGGAGCGACACUCUGUGCUUGUUUGUGAACUUUUAACAUUAAUAAUGACAAAAGUUUUAGGUUUUAUCUUAGUAAUGAAUGCACUUCUCUGCUGCGGACAUGCUGAAGGCACAAAUCUGACUAUUGAUCCCAACUGGUCGACUUUUCAUCCUGGAGAGAGAGUGACGUUCAUUUGUGACAUGAAUGAAGGCAAAGACACCGACUGGGAAUAUGAGAUUAAAAAAAAUGGAGAACAAUUUCUUCGCUCCAACCCGUACAAAAGCUUCACAUUACUACCUAUCCAAAUCGAUCACAGUGAUGAAUACCAGUGUUGUGGACUCAGGAAGAGCUCUGGUGAUACCAAGUGCAGUGAUACUGUCUCUUUAACUGUUACUGCUCAACCCAGAGCCACACUGACUGCAGGUCCAACAACCAUACCAGUAGGGGGCAGUGUGACACUGAGCUGCUAUCUGCCCCCUACUGGUGGAUGGAAAUACAAAUGGUUCAGAAAGACCAAAAACACACCUGAAGUUCAACUCACUGAUGAAGAAAACAGAGAUAUUAAUGUAGCACAAGGAGGAAUAUACCGAUGUCUGGGAAUGAGAGGAAAUGACAACUAUCAAAGUCUUGUAAGUGACGAAGUCAGCAUCACAAUAAGCUUUUCCAAUGAGGUUGUUGUGACUCGACAACCAAACUGGCCUCAUAUCUUCAGUGGUGAGUCGAUCACUCUGACAUGUGAGGUCCGGGGAGGAGAAACCACUGAGUGGACGUGUGAAUGGAGGAGAGAUGGGAAACCUGUAAAAGUGGGAAAUAAUAAACACCUGACUGUCAGUGUUAAUGAGUCCAGUAGUGAAGAGUACAUGUGUCAGUGUAGACGCAGAGACGACUGGUUUUCUGUGACAAAGUGGAGUGAAAAGAUCCCAGUGUCUGUGUCAGAUGCUGUGCUGACUAUUGAUCCCAACUGGUCGACUUUUCAUCCUGGAGACAGAGUGACGUUCAUUUGUGACAUGAAUGAAGGCAAAGACACCGACUGGGAAUAUGAGAUUAAAAAAAAUGGAGAACAAUUUCUUCGCUCCAACCCGUACAAAAGCUUCACAUUACUACCUAUCCAAAUCGAUCACAGUGAUGAAUACCAGUGUUGUGGACUCAGGAAGAGCUCUGGUGAUACCAAGUGCAGUGAUACUGUCUCUUUAACUGUUACUGCUCAACCCAAAGCCACACUGACUGCAGGUCCAACAACCAUACCAGUAGGGGGCAGUGUGACACUGAGCUGCUAUCUGCCCCCUACUGGUGGAUGGAAAUACAAAUGGUUCAGAAAGACCAAAAACACACCUGAAGUUCAACUCACUGAUGAAGAAAACAGAGAUAUUAAUGUAGCACAAGCAGGAAUAUACCGAUGUCUGGGAAUGAGAGGAAAUGAAAACUAUCACAGUCUUGUAAGUGACGAAGUCAGCAUCACAAUAAGCUUUUCCAACAAGGUUGUUGUGACUCGACAACCAAACCGGCCUCAGAUGUUCAGUGGUGAGUCGAUCACUCUGACAUGUGAGGUCCGGGGAGGAGAAACCACUGAGUGGACGUGUGAAUGGAGGAGAGAUGGGAAACCUGUAAAAGUGGGAAAUAAUAAACACCUGACUGUCAGUGUUAAUGAGUCCAGUAGUGAAGAGUACAUGUGUCAGUGUAGACUCAGAGACGACUGGUAUUCUGUGACAAAGUGGAGUGAAAAGAUCCCAGUGUCUGUGUCAGGCGCAAUUCUGACUAUUGAUCCCAACUGGUCGACUUUUCAUUCUGGAGAGAGAGUGACGUUCAUUUGUGACAUGAAUGAAGGCAACGACACCGACUGGGAAUAUGAGAUAAAAAAAAAAGGAGAACAAUUUCUUCACUACAACCCGCACAAAAGCUUCACAUUACUACCUAUCCAAAUCGAUCACAGUGGUGAAUACCAGUGCUGUGGACACAGGAAGAUCUCCGGUGAUACCAAGUGCAGUGAUACUGUCUCUUUAACUGUUACUGCUCAACCCAAACCCACACUGACUGCAGGUCCUACAAUCAUUCCAGUAGGGGGCAAUGUGACACUGAGCUGCUCUCUGCCCUCUGCUGGAUGGAAAUACAAAUGGUACAGAAAGACCAAAAACACACCUGAAGUUCAACUCACUGAUGAAGAAAACAGAGAUAUUAAUGUAGCACAAGCAGGAAUAUACCGAUGUCUGGGAAUGAGAGGAAAUGAAAACUAUCAAAGUCUUGUAAGUGACGAAGUCAGCAUCACAAUAAGCUUUUCCAACAAGGUUUUUGUGACUCGACAACCAAACCGGCCUCAGAUGUUCAGUGGUGAGUCGAUCACUCUGACAUGUGAGGUCCGGGGAGGAGAAACCACUGAGUGGACGUACGAAUGGAGGAGAGAUGGGACAACUGUAAAAGUGGGAAAUGAUAAACACCUGACUGUCAGUGUUAAUGAGUCCAGCAGUGAAGAGUACAUGUGUCAGUGUAGACUCAGAGAUGACUGGCAUUCUGAGACAAAGUGGAGUGAAAAGAUCCCAGUGUCUGUGUCAGAUCCUGUGCUGACUGUUGAACCCAACUGGUCGACUUUUUAUGUUGGAGAGUUUGUUACAUUUAUCUGUAACAUGAAUGAAGGAAAACACACUGACUGGUACCAGUUAAUAAGGAAUGAUCAAGGAUUUGUUCGCUAUCAGUCAGAUAAACAUUUCAGAGUUGAAGCUCUAUCUACUGGUUAUAGUGGUGAAUUUCAGUGCUGUGGUCACUGGAGUGGUUCAUCUUAUGAAAAGUGCAGUGAAACUGUCACUGUUACUUUCUCAGAUAAACCUGGAGCCAAACUGACAGCAGGUUCAACAACCAUACCAGUAGGGGGCAGUGUGAUACUGAGCUGCUCAGUGGAGCCCUCUGCUGGAUGGAAGUACAGAUGGUUCAGACGGACCUCAGACACUUUUGUUGUUGAAUUCAGCAGAAAUAAUGAAGAAAACAGAGAAAUCACUGUGACACAAGGAGGAAUCUAUAAGUGUGAUGGAGAGAGAGGAAAUUCCUCAUUCUACAGUCAUUCAAGCCUUGAGAACAUCAUUGAAAUAAUGUUUUCCAACAAGGUUUUUGUGACUCGACAACCAAACUGGCCUCAGAUGUUCAGUGGUGAGUCGAUCACUCUGACAUGUGAGGUCCAGGGAGGAGAAACCACUGAGUGGACGUGUGAAUGGAGGAGAUCUGGGUCAAUAAUACACAAGACACACAGUAAAGACUGGACUUUCAUUGUCUCUGAGUCCAGCAGUGGAAACUACAUGUGUCAGUGUAGAAUCAGAGAUGACUGGUAUUCUUCAACACAGAGGAGUGAAACCAUCAGACUGUCUGUAUCAACUAAACCUGGAGCCAAACUUUCAGCAGGUCCAACAACCAUACCAGUAGGGGGCAGUGUGACACUGAGCUGCUCAGUGGAGCCCUCUGCUGGAUGGAAGUACAGAUGGUUCAGGCGGACCUCAGACACUUCUUUUGUUGAAUUCAGCAGAAAUAAUAAAGAAAACAGAGAAAUCACUGUGACACAAGGAGGAAUCUAUAAGUGUGAUGGAAAGAGAGGAAAUCCCUCAUUCUACAGUCAUUCAAGCCUUGAGAACAACAUUGAAAUAAUGUUUUCCAACAAGGUUUUUGUGACUCGACGACCAAACUGGCCUCAGAUGUUCAGUGGUGAGUCGAUCACUCUGACAUGUGAGGUCCAGGGAGGAGAAACCACUGAGUGGACGUGUGAAUGGAGGAGAUCUGGGUCAAUAAUACAGUGGACAGACAGUAAAGACUGGACUUUCAUUGUCUCUGAGUCCAGUAGUGGAAACUACAUGUGUCAGUGUAGAAGCAGAGAUGACUGGUAUUCUUCAACACAGUGGAGUGAAACCAUCACACUGUCUGUAUCAAGAGCUAAACCCAGAGCCAAACUUUCAGCAGGUUCAUCAACCAUACCAGUAGGGGGCACUGUGACACUGAGCUGCUCAGUGGAGCCCUCUGCUGGAUGGAAGUACAGAUGGUUCAGGCGGACCUCAGACACUUCUUUUGUUGAAUUCAGCAGAAAUAAUGUAGAAAACAGAGAAAUCACUGUGACACAAGGAGGAAUCUAUAAGUGUGAUGGAGAGAGAGGAAAUCCCUCAUUCUACAGUCAUUCAAGCCUUGAGAAGAUCAUUGAAAUAAUGUUUUCCAACAAGAUUUUUGUGACUCGACAACCAAACUCGCCUCAUGUCGUCAGUGGUGAGUCGAUCACUCUGACAUGUGAGGUCCAGGGAGUAGAAACCACUGAGUGGACGUGUGAAUGGUGGAGAUCUGGGUCAUUAAUACACAAGACAGACAGUAAAGACUGGACUUUCAUUGUCUCUGAGUCCAGCAGAGGAAACUACAUGUGUCAGUGUAGAAGCAGAGAUGACUGGUAUUCUUCAACACAGUGGAGUGAAACCAUCAGACUGUCUGUAUCAAAUAAACCUGGAGCCAAACUGACAGCAGGAACAACAACCAUACCAGUAGGGGGCAGUGUGACACUGAGCUGCUCAGUGGAGCCCUCUGCUGGAUGGAAGUACAGAUGGUUCAGGCGGACCUCAGACACUUCUUUUGUUGAAUUCAGCAGAAAUAAUGAAGAAAACAGAGAAAUCACUGUGACACAAGGAGGAAUCUAUAAGUGUGAUGGAGAGAGAGGAAAUCCCUCAUUCUACAGUGAUUCAAGCCUUGAGAACAUCAUUGAAAUAAUGUUUUCCAACAAGGUUUUUGUGACUCGACAACCAAACGGUUCUCAUAUCUUCAGUGGUGAGUCGAUCACUCUGACAUGUGAGGUCCAGGGAGGAGAAACCACUGAGUGGACGUGUGACUGGAGGAGAUCUGGGUCAAUAAUACACUGGACAGACAGUAAAGACUGGACUUUCAUUGUCUCUGAGUCCAGCAGUGGAGACUACAUGUGUCAGUGUAGAAGCAGAGACGACUGGUAUUCUACAACACAGUGGAGUGAAACCAUAACAGUAACUGUGUCCAGUUCUUCACAUCUUGUGCUGCUGAUCGCUGGACCAGUUGUUGGAUUUAUUCUCAUUAUUCUCCUCGUCUUGUUGUGUUUCUGCAGACGGUCCAAGGGUUUAUUCUGCUCCAGAUGUAAGGCCUCAGAGAGCAGCAGAAAUGAUGGAGUCAACCAGGCUGGCGGUCAUGAAUACAGCUCUCCUCUUCAGGAAGUCACUCCAACAUAUGCUGAGAUCAACCACCAGGCUAGAGCCAAUAGAAAGAAAAAAGGAAGUCCUGCAGCCACAGAUAAAACGGUUUAUUCUGGCAUCAGGUCAGGAGCAGCUCUGCACGUCGACUCUGCCAUGUAGGCUGCAGGAUGUUUUGAUUUAUAAUAGGAUUUAUGAUAUGGAUUAUGCUCAAAACAUUCUUAUGUGUUCUGGUUACAAGUCUUCAUAAACCCUGUACUAGCUGAACAAAGAAAUAUUGUCUGAAACUGAAGUAGGUGAAAGAAAAAUCAGACACAUUCAGUAGUGUGAACAGAAAUGCUUUGUAAAAUCCAGACAGGCAGUAAUGUACAUAUUUUUAAUAUAAUUGAUCUGGAGAUCCAGGGUGUUGCUAAUAUUUUGAAUUUGGUCCUUUGCUGUUUUAUAUUCUGCAUCAGUUUUAUUUCUUCUGUUUGCUUUAGCUUCCUAAACUAACUUUUAUAUAGUCAGGUUCCAUUUUACAUGAGUGAUGGUACCUUGCAUAUUAAAUUCAUUUUGAGUUGAGCAAAAUAGUCUUUACUAAAUUAAAUUGAUAGGUAAUUUUCCUUUCGAACCUAAAUAAAAGAAAGAACCACAGACAACGUAUAUGAAUUUUCCGUCAAGCUUUUGCAAAAGGAGAAGCCUCUGUUACUGCUCUUCCGAACAAUUCACAGAGCUUUCUGAUCUGCUUUCACAUGAGCUCCUGUUUUUAUUGUCAAAGAAGAACAGGCAAGGGGGCAGUCAGGAAAAACAACAGAGGUCGUAAAGCUUCUAACCCAAACAUCUAACAACCCAGUUCCAGAUGUGAUAUCUGAUCAAAGGUCUGAGCCCGGUUCAAAUCUCGGUCAGUACUGUCAAUAAAACAAAUACGACUGUUCACAGGUAGUUACUGAAUUAGGAGGUGUUCUUGCAAAAGGAUUUAAGGUCUGAGAAACUCAGUGUUAACUAUUUCUCGAAAAGUUGAACAGACAGUAGUGACCUCCAGGUCAUUUAAAGA